AUGAAUAUUCUUCUUCUGCCGGUGGAAGUCCAUCUGGACAUAUUUAAAUAUCUCAACUUUAACCAAAUAUCCUCUAUUCAACAAACAAAUAGCUAUUUCUGUUCAUUAAUUGAUAAAUAUAUUGGGAUAUUGGCAAAGAAGAAAUUUUAUUCUUUUGAGACAAUUGUGUAUAAAUCGGUUAAUGACAAGAACAAAUAUUUAAAAUUAAAUGAAGAGGAUAUUGGUUUGGCUGAUGGUUUUGAGUUGAGUAAGGAACUUGAGAAGAAGUGGCAACAUGCUAUAGAUAACAAAACUCCAAUGUAUUAUUUUUCUGAAAGUCUUAAAUCAAAGGAGCCUUAUAUUAUCAACUUUGCUAUUUGUGUGACUGUAAAGAAGCCUAAAAGAAAAGAUGACACUUCGUCCAAACGUCUUCUCUUAAAGUUGCCUUAUAUUCCGAAAAAUAUCAAAGAGAUGCUUCUCUGGCGUAGUUGGUUGGUUAGACUCUUAUUGAAUUGUUCUUACGUGAAAUAUGAAGCUAAAUUUGCCAAUAUUAUCUUCAAUCCAAUAAUGAUUGUGUUGCUAUUCAAGAACACAAAUCCGCUCAUUUCAUUGACUUUGAAGCAUUGUGAAAAUGGUGUAUGCGCUGAAGGUGGCCAGUCUUGUACUCAAUUUUGGCCCAACUUUUUGGAGGAUAUGGAAAAGGAGAAUGCUUCUCAAAAUUUGCCAUGGCUUCCUUAUGCAAAAGUUGCCACGCUGUCAUGUUUGAUGUGCGUGAUGCAGGAGAAUGGUUCUAAUAGUGGUGUCCAAAAUCUCUUUUUUUUGUCUACUUCAACCUAUGGAUAUCGUAAUCGUUUACCUAAGGAAUAG